AUGGCCGACCACCCAGACCCCCUCUACUCAACACCCAGACCACCUAUACACAGCACCUCUAUCAGACACCCAGACCCCCUCUACUCAGCACCCAGACCCCCUCUACUCAACACCCAGACCACCUCUACACAACACCUCUAUCAGCACCAAGACCCCACUACUCAACACCUCUAUCAGCACCCAGACCCCCUCUACUCAACACCCAGACCCCCUCUACACAACACCUCUAUCAGCACCCAGACCCCCUCUCCUCAACACCCAGACCACCUCUACACAACACCUCUAUCAGCACCCAGACACCUACUACUCAACACCUCUAUCAGCACCCAGACCCCCUCUACACAACACCUCUAUCAGCACCCAGACCCCCUCUACUCAACACCCAGACCCCCUCUACUCAGCACCCAGACCCCUUCUACUCAACACCCAGACCACCUCUACACAACACCUCUAUCAGCACCAAGACCUCCACUACUCAACACCUCUAUCAGCACCCAGACCCCUACUACUCAACACCUCUAUCAGCACCCAGACCCCCUCUACACAACACCUCUAUCAGCACCCAGACCCCCUCUACUCAACACCCAGACCCCCUCUACUCAGCACCCAGACCCCCUCUACUCAACACCCAGACCCCCUCUACACAACACCUCUAUCAGCACCCAGACCCCCUCUACUCAACACCCAGACCCCUCUACACAACACCUCUAUCAGCUAUCAGAACCCAGACCCCCUCUACUCAACACCCAGACCCCUCUACACAACACCUCUAUCAGCACCAAGACCCCCUCUACACAACACCCAGACCCCCUCUACACAACACCUCUAUCAGCACCCAGACCCCCUCUACUCAACACCUCUAUCAGCACCAAGACCCCCUCUACACAACAUCCAGACCCCCUCUACACAACACCUCUAUCAGCACCCAGACCCCCUCUACACAACACCUCUAUCAGCUAUCAGCACCCAGACCCCCUCUACUCAAACUCAGACCCCUCUACACAACACCUCCAUCAGCACCCAGACCCCCUCUACACAACACCUCUAUCAGCACCCAGACCCCCUCUACUCAACACCCAGACCCCCUCUACACAACACCUCUAUCAGCACCCAGACCCCCUCUACUCAACCCCCAGACCCCCUCUACACAACACCUCUAUCAGCACCCAGACCCCCUCUACUCAACACCCAGACCCCCUCUACACAACACCUUUAUCAGCAUACAGACCCCCUCUACUCAACACCUCUAUCAGCUCCCAGACCCCCACUACACAACACCAAGACCCCCUCUACACAACACCUCUAUCAGCACCCAGACCCCAUCUAUGCAACACCUCUAUCAGCACCCAGACCCCCUCUAGUCAACACCUCUACACAACACCCAAACCCCCUCUACACAACACCUAUAUCAGCACCCAGACCCCCUCUACACAACACCUCUAUCAGCACCCAGACCCCCUCUACUCAACACCUCUAUCAACACCCAGACCCCCUCUACUCAACACCUCUAUCAGCACCCAUACCCCCUCAAGUCAACACCUCUACUCAGCACCCAGACCCCUCUAG